AUGGGUAUUCCUUUGAAGAGGAGCGAAAAAGUUAAAUAUCUUGGGGUAACAUUUGAUCAAAAAAUGCAAUGGGAAAAGCACAUUAAUGACAUAAAUAGAAAAAUACUAAUUAAAUAUUCUAAAAUUAGAACCAUUGCAUCCUGUUUAACACCUCACACAAAAAACCUUUUAAUUAAUGCACUUGUCAUGCCAUAUUUCAACUACUGCUCCUCGGCAUGGGCUUGUGCCACCCAAGGUAGAUUGGGAAAACUAGAAAAACGAUUAAAAUGUGUCCGUACCUUUCUUGGGAAAGAGAGGGAAUAUUCAAUGAAUAAUUUACUCAUCAAAAACGAUGCCAUAUUAGUUUUCAAAGCCAUGAAUCACAUUGCUCCUGAUUACAUGCGCUCAAAAUUCCUUUUGACAAAAAACUGUCAUAAUCAUCAAACAAGAGGAGCUUCAAAAAACAGGUUCACACUUCCCUUGGUCAACACGGAAUUUGGCAAAAAAGCCUUCCCAUUUAGAGCUGCAAAAGUGUGGAUUAAUUGCUAUGGUUCUGAAGCAACAACACGAAAGCAAACAACAACAAUGACAGAUAAUGUUAGAAGUAUAUUUCUCUUGUUUCAUGUCAUAACUACACUUGAGUUUGGGGAAAGGGGGGGGAUGUCAGGUUUGGUAUCAGGGGGGCCCAAACCAGAUGCGUGUGUUUCCAUCCUUACCCUUAGUAAGACGUAUCUCGUGGAAACGUCUGCGUAUCUCGUGGAAACGCUAACUCAGCAACUCGCUUGGAAAUUGCCUAUAUCUGAGCGACUCACUUGGAAAUCGCCUACACCUCAGCAACUCGCUUGGAAAUUGCCUACAUCUGAGCGACUCACUUGGAAAUCGCCUACACCUCAGCAACUCGCUUGGAAAUUGCCUACCUCUCCGCGACUCACUUGGAAAUCGCCUACACCUCAGCAACUCGCUUGGAAAUUGCCUACAUCUCCGCGACUCACUUGGAAAUCGCCUACAUCUCCGCGACUCACUUGGAAAUCGCCUACACCUCAGCAACUCGCUUGGAAAUUGCCUACUACCUGCUAUGGCGUAUCUCGUGGAAACGCACCUCAUUUGUUAGGGAAACAAACGCAUCUUCAUCCCAUUUGGCUGACGAAGGAAGCCCGACAUCCCCACCAGCGCGGGUCAACAGUGCUUCUACCUCUGGACAAAAAACUUGGCAAUCGCAAGUAGCCAAAUUUGGAUCACCAAGAAAACCUUGAGGCAAGAGCACUGGUGUAAGCGAGCGCGCGUCUUUGAUGCCAAUUGAUCCCUCCAUCUUGCGUUUUAGAUCGUUGCGUGUUGUAGUUCGUAGUAUCGUUGCGUGUUAUAGUUCGUUGUAGAAGACCCUCUGGGGCUACAUCAAUUGGUAUCGUAUGCACUCGUCAUGUGUCGGAUGAUGGUCCAGUUAUCGAGUUAACAUAAGGUUGUGGUUGAUUAUAGAAUUAGUUAAUAUGGUGACGGUUGUGGACAUUGAUGCCAGUACAUGAAGUGAUUGAUGUACAUAAAAGAAAAAGAAAAAAAAUAUAUAAUAACAGGGUGGGUGGGUGGGCAAACCAAACUAUUAGCAAAAUGUGAUGAUGGAAACUAGUUGACUUUAGCUGUUCCCAAUUUAUAGGUAGGCAAGGCAAUCUUAGGGGCCUGGAUCUACAACAGUAUUGGUUAGUUACCUUGAGGGCCCCUAAUGUUCAUGCCUUGUGACCACCCUUUUCACUAGUCUACCAUUCUAGAUUUGAAAUAACAUUGAGUUUCUAAAGUAUAUCCUUCAAUGAUGCUAGUAGCCAUCUUUGUUGACACUUGAAUACUGAAUGCAAUCAAAGCCAAGCCUCUCAACAAGGUAUAAGUACUUACUUCAGGAACCGCAAUUAACAUGUGGUGAACUGUUGGUCCACCACCAUUUAAUUGCUAUGGUUCUGAAGCAACAACACGAAAGCAAACAACAACAAUGACAGAUAAUGUUAGAAGUAUAUUUCUCUUGUUUCAUGUCAUAACUACACUUGAGUUUGGGGAAAGGGGGGGGAUGUCAGGUUUGGUAUCAGGGGGGCCCAAACCAGAUGCGUGUGUUUCCAUCCUUACCCUUAGUAAGACGUAUCUCGUGGAAACGUCUGCGUAUCUCGUGGAAACGCUAACUCAGCAACUCGCUUGGAAAUUGCCUAUAUCUGAGCGACUCACUUGGAAAUCGCCUACACCUCAGCAACUCGCUUGGAAAUUGCCUACAUCUGAGCGACUCACUUGGAAAUCGCCUACACCUCAGCAACUCGCUUGGAAAUUGCCUACCUCUCCGCGACUCACUUGGAAAUCGCCUACACCUCAGCAACUCGCUUGGAAAUUGCCUACAUCUCCGCGACUCACUUGGAAAUCGCCUACAUCUCCGCGACUCACUUGGAAAUCGCCUACACCUCAGCAACUCGCUUGGAAAUUGCCUACUACCUGCUAUGGCGUAUCUCGUGGAAACGCACCUCAUUUGUUAGGGAAACAAACGCAUCUUCAUCCCAUUUGGCUGACGAAGGAAGCCCGACAUCCCCAAUUUACCCCAAACUGGAUUUUUUAAAGGAGACAAUUUUGCAAUCCAUCAUGUUAUUAGCUAACUUUCAAAAUCUGAUAAUACACAACUUUAAAUUGACAAAUAAUAACUACAAUUGCUGUCAAUAAUACAAAAUCAAUGAAUAAGGAUUGUACUUUAAUUUAGAGUUAUAGCAGUAAUAGCACUAUCAAUUGUUAGUGGCAAGAAUAAACUGAGGAUAAUUUGGCGGAAUCGGGUGAGGAUGCUAGGCUGAAGAGAAGAUAUUGUCUCAAGCUCACGUGCGCGUUCCCAAUAAAUUCGCUCUUCUCCACUACAUCCGGAGCUAUUCUCCUAGUAGUGUUCGCUCUUCUCCACUACAUCCGGAGCUGUUUUCUGGCUUAACUAAUCUCUCAAUCACAUCCGGAGCUCCUCUCCUGUGAUUCCAUUUCCUCUAUCAUACCUCACAAGAACCUACUCUUUAUGAGCUCUAGCUUCUUUUGCAUUUCACACCUGUUAUUAACCUCUUGGUGCACCACCUCUGACUGUCAGCGCCGCAUCCCUCUGCUGUUAUUUCCCCAGUCAUCUGUCCUGCUCGCGUGGUGCACCGUCGUUCAUCUCCUCGCACCUGUACUUAAUUCACCAUACUCUUCCAGGGGUACACGCACAUCUCUACACUUUGUGGCUGCCCAGGGCAGCCCAGCACUCCCAAUUCCCCAAAUGAAAAUUCAUUAUCUAUCAGGCAAUAUUUUUGACGAGAACUACGACGAGAUAAUUCAACAUGCCAUAACAGGCUUAACAAAUAGACAUGAAAAAAAAACUACAUGCAAGUGCCUAUAAAUUAGCCUUUUACAAUUCGGGUAAUAAAAUCCCCAUUUGAUAACACGAACAAUGGGCCAGCCUUAGCCCUUUCCUAAAUGGAGCUGUUUUGGAUGCCUUGAUGUUAAAUGUAAAUAGCAGUUCUGAAAAUAGAAGCCUGACCUUAUUUAUUAAUCACUCUAGGGCAAAUGUAUAAUGGCUAAUAUGGAAGAUUUCUUCAUAAAACAUCAGAAACUUUUUUCAUGUGGAUUACUUUUACAUUAACAAAAUUAAAAAUUUGAAGAUAAACUUUUGGGAUUUUGUCAUUCAUUAGUUUUCAAAUUUCUCCCUAGAAAUUUUAAAAGUUUUAACGAAUAGCGGCGAUAGAAAUGCUUUUUUAGAUCGUGUUUUAAAGUUUAAAAUCGAAAAGAGGCAAUAGAAUUUUUUAAACGAAAAGCAGCAUUUAAUAGUUGUGAACAAUGCUUCUCGAAUGUUUCUUAGAUGAAACGCGCUUAAAUCAACAAUACAUUCCCGCGCAAUGUAUUAUAAAACUUCGCGAAAGAUUUUUAUUAUUUGCUCCAAUAUUUCUUCACGAGCGCAUUGUUUUUUAACACGCAAAUAUAAACUCGCAAAACGCGUAAGGGAUUUAAUUAUAACAAAAGACAAACGACUGCCGUCCUCCACGCAAAGGUGUAAUAUUAGCGUGUACGCGGUAGAUUACAUUCAGACUGUACACAGUACUUAAUCACUCUACAAUGACACUUAUUUAAAUGCCUAAUAUAAAGGGAAUACAAUCGGAAUCAUAACCGUAUUUAUAUGCCCAACCAUUCUAAAUUAAGGGCACUGACAAUAAAAGCAUUUCCAGAUUUCCAAAUUGCACAAAAGAUAUAGCCUGAUCGAACAAUUUUGAGUAGCAUUCAAAAUACAGCUAUGUGAAAUGUUUAUAAAAUUGAUCCUAAAGACUGGACACAUAUUGCAAAAAAAAAUAUUAAAAAAUCCAACUUAAAGUGAGGUAGGAUCGCCUAAGUAGAAAUUGCCAAUACUCUCUGGUUUCACGGUAGUUUAACUACAUUUUGCCGCUUUUUGCCGAUUGUUGGCGCGAUUCCUUGUUUUCUGCCGUAAAAUAGUCGACUUCGGCGGCAGCCGAAGUGUGGCCUUUUGACCCUCUUAAACAAACAAAUAAUUUUGACAACAAGAAGAAUCGCGCCGAAGUGUGGACUUUUGGACUCUUGUAAAACAAACAAUAUGUGACGUCAAGAAGAAUCCCGCCGAAGUUGUCGAAAUUUACAGUAAAGAAAGAUUGAAAUUAAUUUACUCUACCUAUUGUUAUUGCCUCCCGGUAGCCGGUCGGUUGGAUAGGGUAGGAUUCAACAUGUCUAAAGGCUAAGAAAGUUUGUAUUGACUUGCAGCAAGUAAAUGGAAGGCUUGAAUAUAUGAUUGCGGAAUGAAAUUGAGCAAUGUUGCUAAGAAGAAACAUGACUGGAAAACAUUUAUGCUCUGUGUUGCCUGGGAUUGCAGAAGAAAGCAGUUUGGCAAAAUAAACAGACUUUUUUGAGUUAACAAAAUUAUAGCAGGAACUUUAUAAUGAAAACGUUUUCAGAUUCAAAGCUCCUGGCAAUAAACACUUUUUAAACGAUUUCUUAAAAUGCCACAAGGCCACAGACGAGAACACUAGUCGUGACUAGUUUUGGGAGAAUGACUUCGACAAGACUUGAUGAUGAUUGGUUUAAAAGCUCUAAUCUUAUAUCGAGAUAAUUCCUGGGAACGAUGUUAAUUAUAAAAAUUAGGAAAAAAGCAUGGUUUUAAUUAAUGGGUGAAAUGACGAAAGUUUUUCACAUUUCACUAAAGAAGUUAUGCUGACAGGCAUGGAAAAUGUUUGUGGUUCUACCAACAUAACGAAAUGACUUAGCAUAUAUACAUAUACAGCGCUAUCCUGAUUGACACAAAAUGUGUAAAUGUAGUUAACGAUAUCUGUUUUUAAAUGAUUUGUUUUGUUAAAAUUUUUUAAGUAGUUAGUGUUUAUCGCAUAGCAGCUAGGUAUUUCCAAGUUUGAUUCAACAUUUUAGAGUCUUAGCCAAUAAGGGCUACAUAUUUUUGACUGAAUGUUGUGCUAAAUCAGUGGUCAUUCACUUGUUGUGGUAGGUUGUGUUGUUUUUAAUUAGCUAUUGCUGCGUAAAAACCAAAUUUUAUAUAGCGGCCUUUACUUGUGCAAAAUCAUGAUAUAAUUUUGCUAUUUUUAUUUUAUUUAUCUGUUGUUGUUUAUGGUGUACUAUGAUCUAAUAAUACAAAUAAAGCCUAUUUACAAUGCA